AUGAAGCUGAUAAUCAUUGCGUGUGGAUUUAUAAUAGCAACGCUAACUCAUUUCCCUUUGGCGAUUUCAUCAUCGUUUACGAUUCUAAAUUCUGUUGGACAUGAUUGCGAUUCGGGAGAAUGUCUUGAAGUGUGUGAAUACGAAGACUUUAAACUGAUGCCAGGCACAGCAGAUUCGAACAAUUCGAAAUGUCUUGCAAUCUUUUGUUCAGAAGAUUUCACGCUUACCGUCCACACAUGCAUUCACGAAGAAGAUCCAACUUGUUCCUACACCCACAACUAUAAGAAACCAUUCCCAGAUUGUUGCAAUCAAUUUUGUCAAUCAAUCAUUCAACUCAAUUAG